AUGGCCCAUGCUGAGAGAAAUUACUUUGGCAGUGCAGUAGAGCCGAAAUCACUGUAUGGCUGCUGCGCCGCACAGUGCCCAACAAGUGACCGGGUGAAAGCGACGACACAAGAGUGCCUCCGGGAGUACAGCAUCCAGAAGGUAUAUGUGGACAGGAGCGAGCGGCGACUAUACUCUGGCGUCGAUAUAGAAAUACUCAGAGCAUACUGCAGUGCAUACUUGGAGGCCUUUAAUUGUGUACGUCAGCUUCUCCAGUCCUGUCCGACCUCUCAUCAUGCCGACCUCAAGACCGCACUUGCACCAUUUGCAGACGAUCCUGAGUUGACAGAGCUGUGCAAAACGCAUCGCCUUUAUGAACUGUACGCCCAGUAUAUAAUGUAUUUCUCGGAUCGAGGCAAGAAGUCGGACUGGUGCUUCGACAGCUCCAGUCAAUGUUCGAUAUAUUGCAGUCCUGACAUCGGAUUACGUUUAUUUUUAAUAUGAAUUUUUUAUUCAUGUAAUGGUUUCUACUAACAUAAAUUACAAUUGGGUAUAUCCACCAUAGGCGUAUUGUUAUUUAAUAAGCCUAAAGGUAUAUUAAAUUUGUUUUAUGUUUCGUAUACUGAUAUAAAAAUCGAACUUGUAACAGUGCCUUAUGCAUUAUAAACACAAAUGUGUUGUUCGGUAUGAAUAUGAACGGAGGGUAUGUAAAAUAUGAUUAUCUAAAAUGAGUUUCAUUUUGGUCUCAUUAUGUGGACAUUUUGUACAUAAAUGAAAGUCGUCAUUGACCACACUUGGCGACAUAAGUGUCACACAGAGCAGUUUUCCAGUUACAAAAUACUAUUAUACGAUACAACUUGGUGAUUUAUCGUCAUCAGAUGAAGAAAUCAUUCACUUUUUUUCUUUUAAUAAUAUAUGUAUGAUUUGAUAAAACCAAAUAUGCACACUGUAUACAUGAAUUUCGAUUGUUUUCGAAAAUAAUUUGUAUCGAUUUCAAGUGUUGUACAAUGGUUUGUUUUCUUAGUAAUGGCUGUUUGACGCUUAUCAUAACUGCCCAUAACUAAUUAAUUACAAAUGUAAUUAAUUAAGCAAAAUGUGUUUAUAUUUACUUUAUAUAUUUUAUAUUAUGAUAAACGGUAAUAUGUGCUUAAUGGGGCUUUAUCGGCUGCACAUUUAAAUAUGCACACGUACCUUAAGUUUUGAUUUACAUAUUCAUAUCUUAGUUAUUGUAUCAU